UGCACAACCCACAAACACUUCCUGAGCAAACUGCUGCUUUGUAUAGCUGGGGGAAGCGCCAGUGCUGCCUUCUGGUAUAUGAGCCGGUUAAACCUUCCCCUAGCCAGUCCUCCCAUACACCUGGAUGUGGGUCACCUAUGGAACAGCCAGGGGUAGCAGCAGCAGCUGCUAGUUAUCAGCCAGCUGCCCCUGCUCGGCACGCCUGUGUGUACACCAGCUGCUACUGUGAGGAAAAUGUUUGGAAACUUUGUGAAUACAUCAGAAGCUAUGAUCAAUACCCUUUAGAAGAAUUUUAUGCUGUUUUCAUAUCCAAUGAGAGAAGGAUGAUACCGCUCUGGAAGCAGCAGUCAGGAUGUGGAGAUGAACCUGUAGUUUGGGAUUACCAUGUUAUUUUACUUCAUGUUUCAAGUGGAGACCAGAACUUCAUUUAUGAUCUUGACACAGUGUUGCCAUUUCCAUGUCCAUUUGACACUUACAUUGAGGAGGCCUUUAAAUCAGAUGAUAUUCUUCUUCCACGAUUUAGAAGAAAAAUCAGACUGAUUCGAGCAGAUUUGUAUCUGAAGACAUUUGCUUCUGACCGAUCCCACAUGAAAGAUGCCAGUGGACACUGGCAGAAGCCUCCUCCUUUCUACCCUUGCAUUGAAACUGCAGAUUCCAAGAUGAACCUGGAUGAUUUUAUCAGUAUGAAUCCCAAGGUGGGAUGGGGCUCAGUAUUUCUGCUACCUGACUUUGUGGAUCGGUAUGGCAGACAGAGCUGAUUUCAGGUUCACUUUGAAAGGACAGUGAUAUAAACAAAGGACACAUCAGCUUCCCUUUUUUGUUUUGUUGUGGUUGCUCUUGUCAUUCUGUUUAUAAAUUGGUUUAUUUCUAUGAAAUUUAUUGUUUUGUCAAAUACAAGAAUUGAUCAAAAAUGCAAUGAACUGAAUAAAAUAUUUUAUUUUGACUAUA